AUGCACGCCAGAGUGUUUGCACAUAAAGGACGGGGUCUGUCUGGAAACCAUCAACAUGGGAAUAAAGGUCCUCCUGAAAUUAAUCCUGAGCUCAAGAAUCAGUCGGUUGCCUAUAACUCGUCGCUUCAGUUCAUUUGCUCUCUAAGCGGUUUCCCUACACCUGAGAUACUCUGGACGAAAGAUGGGGUGAAUCUUGGUAACAACAACACUCUCACAAUUAAUCGAGUGAGUUAUGGAGAUGCUGGUCAAUACACGUGCAGCGCCAAAAACAGCGAAGGAAGCAAAAACUCAACUUUCUGGAUCGAAGUGGCGGGAGUCUCUCUCCAGAUCACCGAGCCUCCGAUAAGCCAAUUUGUUACCGAAGAAUACCCUGUAAACCUUAGUUGCGUAGCUUCAGGUGUUCCAACACCAACCUUAGUCUGGACUUUUAAUAAUGGUGACCUGCCAUCUGGUAUCAAUCAAACCGGUUACGAAGGAGGAUCAAUCCUAGUUUCGCCAAGUGUCACGAGAGAGAUGAAUGGGACUUACAAGUGUACAGCGAAAAACAAGGCAAACACAAUCAGUUCCUCAGCAACUCUGCGUGUUUAUGGAAAAGCCUCUGCUCGAGUUGUUUCAGAGAAAUACAUAACACUUAUUAAAGGAUAUGCCCUGGCAUUGACCUGCAAAGUCAACGAAGAAACAAUAAGCGUAAUGUGGGAAAAAGAUGGAGAGCGAAUAACAGAAAGAGCAGUUAUAGAAACACGAUUAGACGAGAAAAAGAGUAAACUUGCUCUUACUGAAGUUGUGGAAGAGGACAGUGGUGAAUAUUCUUGUGAAGCACGUAACAAGCUAGGAACUGUGGCUCGCUCUGUUGUGAUAGUAAAUGUCAAAGGAAAUUCAGAGGCUCCCUCCAGCAGCUCAUCUUCCUCCAGCAGCUCACUGGAGUGGUACUACAUUGGGGGACCUUUGGCUGCUGUCGUUUUUCUAUUGGCGCUCAUUUCAUACAUUAAAAAACGCCGUGAGACAGCCCCACCUCAUGUGCCAUCUAGGCCGAAUGAAGGGGAAGACGAAGUUGAGCUGGAUAAGCUGAACGCUGUGGUUGCAAUUGACGAUGGUGCUACAGCUUUACCUCUCGGAAUCAAAGCAGGAGAAGAAGGUUGCCUAGCACACCCUUCUGAGAGUGAUAAGAGGAGAGGAGAGGCUGGCGUACAAGAGUAUGAUGGUAAUCAACUUACUGCUGCGGAUACAGACGAAAAUGGAAAUGACGAAGGCGAGGAGUCAUCUGAAGCAGCUCCUCUUGUGCAGGACUGAGGCUUAAAAGCAAAAUUGCUAAACCUCCAUGGUUAUAGUCUUAUAACACUCUGUGGUAAUUUGUAGUUUAGAUUUCGAGAACUUCAGCCUCAAUAUUUCAUAGCUUUUGAUUUUAAGAUGUAGUUUUUAUUGUACUUUUAUUUAAGUAAUGCUUUGGUAGUGAUGAUAACCAUUUUCAUAGUUUAUAAAUGGAGGUUGAGUGGAAUUUCCUUGAAAGAAAAACUUGUUUAUUUACUUCACUUUUGCACUUCUUAGUUUACCGUUUAUUCAUUUGGUGCUCUUGUCAGUGCUUUGUUGUUGUUAUUGACUGUAGGCUGAUAGAGAAAAAAAACUAACAAACAAACAAACAAAAAAAAAGAAAUUGCCGUUGAGAUAAUUUUUAUAACUGAUCAAGUCAGAAAUGCUGCGUAAAUUUGUGAGUGUUGUUCCUAGUAUAAGUAAUAUUUCUUAAUCUAAUUAAGAAUAAUUAAUUUGUUGUAAAAC